ACGGCGAGGAUAAAGCAAGAUGGCGUCUGACGGUGAAGACGUUAUUGCAGUCGUCACAGUUCAGUGUUCUUAAUCUGUGCCUCCAUGUACACAUAUAUGUCCUUUAUUACACUCUAGUAAAUAGAGUAAACAUCGUUAAUAACUGUUUGCAUCCGGUUAUAUUAGUCUGAGCGCACUUUGAUGCUUCUCGAGCUAACUUAGCCUGCUAGUUAGCUUAGCUUGUUAGCUGCUAACAAAGAGAGGCGGAAGUGAUCAAAACACAUCACUAAGUAGAGAUCAAAUGUGAGUGUAAAGUGUUGUGAUUGUGUGAAAAUGUGCCAAAGAACCACAGCAGAGUACGAGGAGGAACUUUGUCCAACAAAAGAGGAGAAGGAGCGACAACAUGAAAAACAUCAAGUUGUGUUGCACAGAACAGACAUCCAUCAGCUGAUUGGACACCAAGAAGAAUGUCUCCCUCAUCUGCAGGGGGACAGUUUCACUUUAGAGUAUCCACAGCCCUCACAUUUUAAAGGGGACAAGGAGUAUCCACAGCCCCCCUAUUUCAAAGAGGAAGAGGGGGGAGAUUUUCCUAUAGGGCAGGAGGAGGCUGAUGUCAGCAAGUUUCCACUGACUGUUGUCUCUGUGAAGACUGAAGAGCAUGAAGACAAACCACAUGAGUCCUCACAGCUUCAUCACAGUCCAAACAUCUGUGAAGAACAUCUUCACCCUGAGCAACAGAAGUGGAGCUUCAGGAUGCGGACAGAGGAGCCACAGCCCUCCCACAUUAAGAAGGAAGAGGAAUACCCACUGAUACCCCAUUUUAAAAAGGAAGAGGAGGACCCACUGACACCCCAUUUUAAAAAGGAAGUGGUGGAUCCACUGACUCCUCACUCUAAGGAGGAAGAGGAGGACCCAGUGACCCCUUACAUUAGAGAGGAAGAGGAGGAAGAGGGCAUCAGUCAGCCUAAAUGGUUGGAGGAGUUCCCAGUGACUGGUGUCCCUGUGAAGAGUGAAGAUGAUGAGGUGAAAGGUGAAAGUGCGGAGAGGGGAGGGGGGGAGCCUCCAAAUGUUCUCACUGUCACAAAACCUUUCAAUACCAUUGUCGUCUGAAAUCACACAUGAGAACACACACUGGAGAAAAACCUUUUUCUUGCUCAGAAUGUGGUAAAGGUUUUACACGAAGUCAACAUUUGAAAGUACACAUGAGAACACACACUGGAGAAAGACCUUUUUUAUGUUCAAUCUGUGGGAAAGUUUUUAUUCAAAGGUACUAUUUAAAAUCACACAUGAGUACACACACUGGAGGAAAACAUUGUUCCUGCUCAGAAUGUGGUAAAAAUUAUACUCAAAGCCAUAAUUUGAAAACACACAUGAGAAUAGACACUGGAGAAAAACCUUUUUCAUGUUCAAUCUGUGGUAAAAAUUUUACUCGAAGGCAACAUUUUAAAACACACAUGACAAUACACACUGGAGAAAAAACCUUUUUCAUGUUCAAUUUGUGUUAAAAAUUUUACUCAAAGGCAAUCUUUGAAAGUACAUAUGAGAUUACCACUGGAGAAAAUAAAAUUUCCUGCUCAGAAUGUGGUAAAAGUUUUGUAAUAAAUCAAGGUUUAAAAGUACAUUUGAGAACACACACUGGAGAAAAACCUUUUUCAUGUUCAAUCUGCGGUAAAGAUUGUACUCAAAAGAAGCAUUUCAAAGCACACAUGACACUACACACUGGAGAAAAACCUUUUUCAUGUUCAAUCUUUGGUAAAAAAUCUAUUCGAAGGCAACAUUUAAAAACACACAUGAGAAUACACACUGGAGAAAAACCUUGUUCCUUCUCAUAAUGUGGUAAAAGUUUUGUCAUAAGACAAAGUUUAAAAGUAAAAAUGAGAACACACGCUGGUGAAAAACCUUUCAUAUGUUCAGUAUGUUGUAAAAGUUAUAUAGAAGGACGACAAUUAAAAUUACACAUGAUAUAGCACUCUGGGGAAAAACCAUACUCCUGUUCAAGCUGCGAUAAAAGCUUUGGUCACCUAAACACUCUUACAGUGCAUAUGAGAAGACACCCAGGAGAGAAAGUGUUGAGUUGCAGUGUGUGUGGUGAAAGAUUGUCUUCUAAGUACCAGUGUAAGAAACACAAGUGUGCUGGUGAGAACAGCAGCAGCAAAUGAAACUGCAGGAUUUGAAAUAAACUGUCCAGACUUUCAUUUUGACUUUCUAACAACAUCAGCACAUAUAACAUGUGUGACAUUGUUGUUUGUCUAACAAUCUGUUUAAUAUGAUCUUUACAUUUAUAGAUUAGACACUUCAGAUUAGUGUGUUUAUUACAGUCAAGUACAUGAUUUAAUAUACACAUUUGUGUACUUUGAAAUGAACACAACAAUUUGACUGAAAGGGUGAGAAUAAACAGUACAUACAAUUAUGUUACAUACAAUAAACAUUGUAUGUGUAAAUAUCCAUAAUUUACCUCUAUACUUAUUCAUAAUAGUGUUUUAUAUGUUUUUUGAAAAAUGACGUGUUACAUAUUUUAUUUUCUAAUUGUAGAUAAUUCCAUAGAUGAACUCCUUUAUAUGAUGUACAUAUUUGUUUUACAUGUGUUCAUACCUUUGCUUUUGAGUACACAUAAAUCCCUCUUAGUUCAUAUUUACUGCUUCACAUCUGAAACAUCUUCUGGACCACUUCUGGAAGCAUAUUAUUAUUUACUUUAUACAUCAUUUGAACAGUUGUCUUUUAUACAAGAUCUUUUACUUUUAAAAUGUGUGAUUUUUUGAAUAAUUUGUUGGGUCUCUAGAAUCCAUUCUAUUAGUUGUCUUUAUUACUCUCUUGUGUAAUAUGAUGAUUGUUGUGUGAUUGUUUUAUAUGUAUGUCCCCAGACUUUUAUGCAAUAAACAAUGUAUGUUUCAACUGAA